AUGGCAGCAUCACUAGCCAUUCCCACCGCUACUGAUGGCCGUGUCCUAAUCAUUGGAGCAACUGGUUUCAUAGGCAAGUUUGUGGCUGAGGCAUGCCUUGCCACACCCCACCCCACCUAUUUGCUUCUUCGCCCUCAAACUUUCACUCCUUCCAAAGCUGCCAUUAUUAAAACUUUCCAAGAGAAAGGUGCUAUAACCAUUCAUGGUGUGAUAAAUAACAAGAACUUAAUAGAAAAGAUUUUGAGAGAGUAUGAAAUAGACAUCGUCAUUUCUACUGUCGGGGGUGAGAGCUUGCUGGAUCAGCUUUCAUUGGUGGAAGCCAUUAAAACUGUUAAUACUAUUAAGAGAUUUUUGCCUUCGGAGUUUGAGCACGAUGUGGACAGGGCAGAUCCUGUGGAGCCAGGUCUAACAAUGUACAAAAAUAAGCGUUUGAUUAGGCGUAUGAUUGAGGAAUGUGGGGUCCCAUUCACCAAUAUAUGUUGCAAUUCCAUUGCUUCUUGGCCUUACUAUGACAAUUGUCAUCCAUCACAGCUUCCUCCACUCAUUUAUCAGUUAGAGAUAUAUGUUAAUGGCAAUGUCAAAGCUUAUUUUGUUGAUGGCAUUGAUAUUGGAAAGUUCACUAUGAAGGUUGUUGAUGAUGUCAGAACUGUCAACAAAAAUGUUCAUUUUCGACCAUCGAAUAAUUGUUAUAGCAUCAACGAGCUUGCUUAUUUAUGGGAAAACAAAAUUGGUCGUACAAUUCCCAGAGUCACCAUCUCAGAAGAUGAUCUUCUAGCACUUGCUGCAGAAAAUUGUUUAAAAGGUUGCCAAGUAAACAUCAAACUAGAUGGACUUCAUGAUGUUGAGAUUAGCGCUCUCUACCCAGAUGAACCGUUCAGGUGCUUAGAGGAUUGCUUCGAGGACUUCGUACUCAUGAUCAAGGACAAUAUUCAUAAAUGGGAAAAUCAAAUUAACGGCAUAGAGUCUGUAGUAGAAGCAGUGUCAAUCACAGCUUCAUGUUGA